UCUUUUGAGAGAGAGAGAGAAGGAGAGCGAGAGCACAAGCACAGGAAGGGCAGAAAGAGAGAGAGAAUCCCGAGCAGGCUCCACACUGUCACUGUCAGAGCCUGAUGCAGGACUCCAACUCAUGAACCGUGAGAUCGUGACCUGAGCCUAAAUCAUGAUUCGAAUGCUUGAUGGACUGAGCCACCCAGGCGCCCAGAGGCUAUCUGAAAGCAGAUGGUAAACAAAGACUUCUCUAAGGAGAUGACGUGUGAGCGGUUCCUAGAAGGAUUCUCCGGAAGCUGAAUGGACAAGAGACGGUGGGGAGAAGCAGGGAGACGGGUGAGGAGGCUGAUGCCAUAGUCCAGAGGACAGCGGGGUGACAGCAAAGGCUGAGAAGUGUCCAGAUCCAAGACAAACUCCGGAGGGAGAGCCGAAAGGGUUGCCUGGAAGAUCAAGCUCAGCCGGCCCCGACUGCACAGCUCACAGACCGGCCGAGGACACGGCACCAGCUCUGCGUCCCAGCUAGAGAGGCCAGGCAGGGGCCCAGCGCACCUGUCCUGCUGGAGAAUGGAGGAAGGGGAAAAGAGCCCCCUGCUGGUCCAGGACCCCGGGUGCCAGGAGGGGCCGCUCACUUCAAGCCGUCCAGGUCCGGUGCCCCAAGAGGAGCAGGUCUGGAGGGCAGGCCCCGGGGGAGGCCCGGCCUCCUCCCUCCCCUUGGGAAUCAGCUGCCUGAAGUGCCUGACCUUCCUGCUCAACUUCCUCUUCUCUCUGCUUGGUCUGCUGGCCCUGGCCAUCGGGCUCUGGGGCUUGGCCGUCAAGGGGUCUCUGGGGAGCGUCUGGGGGGCGGCCCUGCCCGAAGACCCCAUUCUGGGACUGGUACUGGGGGGGCUGGCCGUCAGUGCGGUGAGCCUGGCGGGCUGCCUGGGGGCCCUGUGUGAGAGCGCGUUUCUGCUCCGCUGCUUCUCGGGGGGUCUCGUCGCCUUCCUGCUGCUGGAGGCCGUGGUGGGUGCCCUGCUGGUGGCCCUCUGGGGCCCACUGCAGGAUGGCCUGGAGCACACCCUGCGUGCGGCCAUCACCCACUAUCAGGAUGACCCGGGCCUGCGCUUCCUUAUUGACCAAAUCCAGCUUGGGCUGCAGUGCUGCGGGGCGUCUUCCUACCGGGACUGGACGCGGAACCUGUACUUUAACUGCAGCUCCCCGGGGGUCCAGGCCUGCAGCCUUCCUGCCUCCUGCUGCGUCCACCCCGGGGAAGACGGAGCCUCUGUCAACGACCAGUGUGGCUCUGGAGCCCUGCGCCUGGACGAGGAUGCCGCUCGGAGAGUGGUGCACCUGGAGGGCUGUGGCCCUCCUCUCCAGCGGUGGCUGCGCAGGAACGUGCGGGCCGCGGGCGCCUACGCCAUCGUGGUUGUGGCGGUCCAAGGGGUGGAGCUUCUGUUGGCCAACCAGCUGGUGAGGGCCCUGGCCGUCCGCCAGGGGGAGGUGGACAGCCCCAGAGCCGCAGGGACGGUGGCCUUGUCCACCCGCGCCUCACACUCCGUGAAACGGCCCCUGCCAAACUGGCCCAGCGCUGACAGCCCAGGAGGACCCCCAGGGAAGGUGUCCUACGCCAUCCCAGACGCCCUGGCCUCCUCCACCGGCUGUGCCUCCGGCCCCCCAGGGCCCCCCUUCCCCUGAGGGCAGAGCACGUCCGCCUCCUUCCCGGUUCCAUCAGGCCCUGCUAGAAUGAGUCCCUGUGCCACCCCCUGAUUUCACGAUCUUUUGGGGACUUUUGUUCUCCACCACUGAGUCGGGCACUGCCUGCUCCCUGGCAAACGCCGCUGUGACCUGAGCGUAAGCUGAGCCUGGUGGGUGCUGCUGGCCGCUGUCUGCCUCCUCUGGGGACGCCAGGCAGAGCCACCCAGCAGGCAGGGAGCGUGUGGGGUAUGGAGACCGGAUGAAAUCCUGCUGCCAAGCCCCCAACUCCAACCUCCACCUCCGACCGCCUCUGAUGCCUACCUCCAAACCCUGCCUCUGACCUCCACUCUGACCCCGCCUCUGACACUUUGCCUAGGAUGUCACCUGUGACCCCCAGUCUUGAUCCCAGCCCUGAUGCCUCACUCUCUCACCACGGCCUGGGUACCUGCCCUCCUCUGGGGUCACCUCGCCCUUUCCCACCGUUGUGGUGGUUGAGGUGGGGCCCAGGCGGGAGUAAACUUGAGCGAGAGGCAGCAUCCACACAAUAAACAGCGCCGGUGUUAAGCGGGCAGCGUGAGGAAACCUUACCUAGCUCAGCACCUGCAGAUCGGCUGCCAGGUCAGGAGCCGGCCUCUGCCAACUCCUCGCUGCGGGCACCCCGAUCGCACUUCAUCACCGUCGGUGACCCUUUCACGUUAACCGGACCCCAGAGGACCCUCCCCAAGAGUCACGUCUGCACCGUGCUGUGUGCAGACGCCCACAAACGCACCUGGCCCGUGUGGACGCACACUUGGGUGGCUUCCGGAUGGUGACUGCUGCUGGGGACAGUUCCACACAGGUGUGUGUGUGUGUGUGUGUGUGUGUGUGUGUGUGUGUGCAGGUGCGCCCGCUUCCCCCGGGUGUGGUGUCAGGGGCGGAGCUGCUGGGUCGCGGGCGGGCGCCCAUCCAGCUUUCGUGGACCACCGAGGACAGGCUGGCUGGGCCACUGAGCAAACUCCACAAUGUCUCUGCGCCUGUUUCCUCA